AUGCGCGUCGUGGGAAACCUGCGCCUCCUUGGUCUGUGUCUGUGCCUCGCUGCAACCCCAUGCACCCUGUCUGCAGACGACCAGACGCGGUCGAAACGGCAAAUCACCAAGCCACAGUACCUCGUUGGCGCGGUCUUCCAAAUGAACGAGCGGAAUUCCUCGGAAUACAGAACCUUCAGGAGCUAUCCGACCUCCUCGUCACUGAUGUGGCACAGCUUCCUCCUCAAGGAGAAGGUCGUCCAUGUCAAGGACGUACACGACAGCUUCCAGAUGGCCAGUGCAACGGAUGGCGUGAUCGCCAUCUUCGCGCCAGUUUACCCCGAGACCCUGACCAUCGUGAAGUCGAUGACGGCGCAGCACGACGUCCUCGUUUUUACCACCACCGACGUUCACCACAUUGGCACCUCGGCCGCGGAGGUGGCGGGCUCCGUGAACAUCGUGAAACUUCGUCCCCUCACCGCGCCUGCUAUGAUUGACUUUAUGAUUCACUCGGAGUGGGAAGAUGUGCUCUACCUCUACGAAUCCGACGAAGCCAAAUACCGCCUGCGAUGGGUCCUCGAAAAGGCAAUUAAACGAGCUCCCAGAUUCACCGUUGACUUCCGCAAAAUUACCUGGAAACCGGAGCCAGGCACGGGCGAUGAGUAUGGCCUGCGACAACACGUGCAUCCGCGCACCAACGCCUUCCAGCGCAAGUCCAUUCUCAUCGACCUCUCGUCGCGUGAAAACACCCGAGAGUUGGUCGCUGCGAUCGGAUCAAUUAUGCCCGAGAGGGCGGAUUUGCACUUCCUCAUUGUCGGGGGCGAUAUCAACUACAUUAACGGUAGUUCUUUGAAAUUUGGUGGAAUCAACAUGACGGCGCUCUCAGACAUUAAUUUCGACUCGGCAGCCGUGAAGACGUACACGCUGGAGUUGAAUCCUCGUGCACGUGAAUCGACCCUGGCCAAUACAAACCUCUCGUAUGAAUCUGCUCUGCUCAUUGAUGGACUGAAGAGUCUGGUGCAGGCGCUGCAGCUUCUCAAUGAGGACGAUUAUGCAGGUCGACUUGAAGCGCCGGAAUUCUACGGAAACGCUGGAAUCAGUCGAUCUGGCAGUCUACCGUGCCAGCCAAACUCCGCGCCGGCGUUCUCAGCUCCAAUGAUCCUCAACAAACUGCGAAAGGUGAUUUCCUUCGGCGGUUUGACCGGGAACAUGCGCAUUGACAAGAACGGAUUCCGAAGCCACUUCACCUUGGAUCUUUGGGGUGUGAAAAUGAAGCAGUCCUUUUCUAAGCUAGGUGAAUGGAACUCUAAUGCAGGAAUUGUCAUGGAAUCACCGAUGGACAAGACCAACUCGAGUGUCAAGGUGGACCUCAACCGCGUGAGAAUUGUCUCUAGCAUUCUGCUCUCGCCAUUCAUGAUGGAGAAGAAGGACGCCAACGGGAAGGCGAUUAAGGGUGAAUACGAGGGAUUCUGCGUGGACCUGGUCAAAAAGUUGUCGGAGAUGAUAAAAUUCAAGUACAGAAUGAAGGCCGUCUCCGACGGCCAGUUUGGAAGCUUCGUCAACGGCAGCUGGGAUGGAAUGGUUGGAGAGCUGCUACGCAAGGAAGCCGACAUAGUCGUGGCUCCGUUGACCAUCACGUCAGAUCGAGAACGCGUGGUUGACUUCACAACGCCCUUCAUGGAGUUCGGACUGUCGGUGAUGUACCAGAAAAUUGACCGCCCCCACCCCGACCCCCUUUCCUUCAUGGAGCCCCUGUCCACGGAGAUCUGGAUGUGCAUCUCUUUCGCGUACCUCGGCGUCUCCGUGGUGCUCUUCCUUGUCAGUCGACUGAGUCCCGCCGAGUGGGGAGCGCCUCUAACCCAACUGAAGACCAUCAGCGACCCCGGCUCGGACGGCGACGACGCUCUAGUGGUCGAAGACAAUAAGGCUGGCGUCCACGGCCACAUGGACAACGUCUUCUCAAUUUUCAACAGUUUCUGGUUCGCUCUAUCGACAUCCCUUUCAGGCAGGAUUGUUGGUGGAGCAUGGUGGUUCUUCACGCUCAUAAUCGUCAGUUCGUACACCGCUAAUUUGGCCGCCUACCUCACCGUGGAACGCAUGACAAAUCCAAUCAAGUCCUACGAGGACUUGGCUCGCCAAUCGAAAGUCAAAUAUGGCAUUAUCAAAUCGGGUUCGACCCGCAACUUCUUCGAGAAGUCCAACAUAAAGAUAUUCCAGCGAAUGUGGAAGUUCAUGGAGUCGAAUCCAGACGUCUUGGCGCCUACCGUGAAAGCGGGUGUUGAGAGGGUGAUCAACUCCAACAAGGACUACGCCUUCAUCCUCGAGUCGACGAUGAACGAGUACUUCAAUCAGCGCAGACCCUGCACCACGGUGAAGGUGAGUAAAUUGCUGUCGCUGUUCUGCUGA